UGAGCGGUAGGGAAGCGCAGGGGCGGCCUCUAGGUGUUGCCGUUGGCGCCGCUGCCACCACCACCACAGCCACUGCCGCCGCCGCCGCCGCCGCCACCGCCGCCGCUGUCACCGCCGUCACCGCCGCCUCGUAACCCGGGCCUGGGGGGCGGUGGGGCCGCGCAUGGAGCCCCCGCCCCCCGGAGCUGCCAACACCGCCGCUGCCCUCCGCACAGAUUCAGAAACAGACUCAGAGAGGUUGAGUAACUUACUCAAAGUCACACAGCUAGAGCAGGGCCGAGGAGUAUGAGGCUGAAGACCCAGAGAGAAGAACAGCUUUACAAGGACAGACAGGUUAUUCAGUGCAUUGGAUCACAAGAGGAAGAAUUAAUUCUGCCUGGAAGAUAAUGGAACUUCAUGAUUGUGUGAUAAAGGGUUCAUCGUAGGGCAGGGAGAAAGGAGUCACACUGAACUCUUAGUGCCUCUGAAGCAAGCAGGCCUUCGAAUAAACUCAGUGAGAGCUCCGAUGCCAGGACUCUCUACUCUGGACACUCCAUGGCGUUGUGGCUUGUAUAAUUGCCUAAAAUUGUGUCUGCUGAAUGAACUUUGAAACAGCUCAGACAUAAGAGGAUCAUACUCGCCCUGCUGGUGUUGCUCAGUGGUUAAGCAUCGACCAGUGAGUGAACCAAGAUCAUUUUCCGGUACCCCUGGGAUGGCGUGAGCACUCCCCCCGUGAUGGACCCCUCUGUGACGCUGUGGCAGUUUCUGCUGCAGCUGUUGAGAGAACAAGGCAACGGCCACAUUAUCUCCUGGACCUCACGGGAUGGCGGUGAGUUCAAGCUGGUGGAUGCUGAGGAGGUGGCCCGGCUGUGGGGACUGCGCAAGAACAAGACCAACAUGAAUUAUGACAAGCUCAGCCGGGCUUUGCGGUACUACUAUGAUAAGAACAUCAUCCGCAAAGUGAGUGGCCAGAAGUUCGUCUACAAGUUUGUGUCCUAUCCCGAGGUCGCAGGGUGCUCCACUGAGGACUGUUCGCCCCAGCCUGAGGUGUCUGUCACCUCCACUGUGGCAAAUGUGGCCCCCGCUGCUGCACAUGCUGUCCCCGGGGACACUGCCUCUGGGAAGCCAGGCACACCCAAGGGUGCAGGAAUGGCAGGCCCAGGUGCCUUGGCUCGAAGCAGCCGGAAUGAGUACAUGCGCUCAGGCCUCUAUUCCACCUUCACCAUCCAGUCCCUGCAGCCACAGCUACCGCUGCCCCUGCAUCCGAGGUCCAUCUCAGUGCUUUCCAACACCGCCCCAGCAGGAGCCGCAGCGCCCCCCUCGGGGAGCAGGAGCACCAGUCCAAGCCCAUUGGAGGCCUGCCUAGAGGCUGAGGAAGCUGGCCUACCUCUGCAGGUCAUUCUGACCCCGCCUGAGGCCCUGAACCUUAAAUCAGAAGAAGCGAAUGUGGAGCCCUGCUUGGGUCGGCCACAGCCCCCAGAAGUGAAAGUGGAAGAGCCGGAGGAAGAGCCCCACACCGCAGCCAGUGGGGAGGCGGCGGGGUAUGCACCGGAAGCCCCGAGGGCCGGGCGGGAAGUCCCUCCUGCAGAGGGCGCAUCUGCCCGGCAUCCUGCGGUUGUUAUGGAGACUGCAGGGCCGGUAGGCGGCAUCGGGGCGUCCACAGCUUCCUGCACGGAGAGCGCCCAGCCUCAGAAGGGCCGCAAGCCCCGGGACCUGGAGCUCCCACUCAGCCCUAGCCUGCUAGGUGGGCCAGGGCCCGAACGGACUCCAGGAUCGGCCACUGGCUCGGGUCUGCAGGCACCCGGGCCAGCGCUGACGCCAUCCCUGCUGCCUACGCACACAUUGACCCCGGUGCUGCUGACGCCCAGCUCGCUGCCCCCCAGCAUUCACUUCUGGAGCACCCUGAGUCCCAUUGUACCCCGUAGCCCGGCCAAGCUCUCCUUCCAGUUUCCAUCCAGUGGCAGCGCCCAGGUGCACAUCCCCUCCAUCAGCGUGGAUGGCCUCUCAACCCCCGUGGUGCUCUCCCCAGGGCCCCAGAAGCCAUGACUACCACCGCCACCACCGCCACCACCCCUUACUGGGGUGACUUAUGCCCUGAACUUCUCUCCAGCCAGCCGUCUCAAGGAGAAACAUAGCUCAGCUGACAGACUUGUGCUGAGGUCAGGGUGGGGUGGGGAUUUUUAGGAAGAAGGAUGUCUCAAUGAUUCUUCCACAGAAAACAUAGUUUCUCUCUUCUUGGUCAGUCCCCCAGUGGCCGCCCUUACACGUCUCCUACCGCAGUGGUCGGGGGGGCGGUUUAUUUAUUUAUUUUUUGAAGGCCACUGGGAGGAGCCUGGCCCAACUUUUUUGGGGGGGAGUGGUGAGGACAUCUCCCCCAGCUCCACAUUUUCUCCCAAGAUGAGACAAUCAGGGUCUGGCUUGAGAAGGACCUUUCUUUAUUUAUUUCUCAGCCUGCCCUUGGGAAGCUGAGGGAGCCCUGUCUCCAUUUUGGGGUGUGGGUAGAAGAGCUAGCUUAUUGCGGUUUCUUAUUUCUAGCUAUCCCCAAGGGUCCAGGAAGAAUUUGUGCCAUUAAAUGGUUUGGGAGUCUUGACCAAGUCAGACUCACACCCUUGGGAGAGGGAUCCCCACCCCCAGCCUUUUUCUCAGACAGCCUGUCCUUUGUCGGCCACCUUUUUGGCUGGGGGCAAAUGCCCCUUUUCUUCUGUCCCUGAGAAGCCAUUCCUGUGUCUGCCAAAUUCCUGGGGUCCUGCCUCUUACCUCCCAAUGGAGGGUUUUUUUGUGGGAGUGGUCCCCGUCUGGGGGACCCCUCCAGCCAGUACUCCAGGUCUUCCUGUCUCCCACCCUCUGCCAUUUUGAUAGUAUAAUCUAUUUUUAAACUGGGCUUUUAGACGGGGAGAGGAGGCAUCUCUUCCUAUAUCUGAGAUGGGGUGGGUGGGAAGGAAGGGAUUUUGGGGGGGAAUCUUCCUGCCGCCCCCAAGUGUUUAUUUUUGAUACCACAUGUGUAUUUUCAGCUCCCUCCCUCCCAGCCCCCCAAUUUCCUGCGGGCGGGUACAAAGGACCCUUUAAGUGUCCCUGGAGUUGGGAGGGAGGAAUAGGAGGGCAUAAAGCCUGUCCUGUCUGAAUUCCAGGCUGGAGAGGGUGGGUUCAGAGGACUCCUGCGCUCACCGCCUGUCAGCACCGGCCCAGCCCAGGCCUGGGGCCCUGGGGGGUGGUGAUUUGGGGGACGGUGCUACGCCUGUCUCCACUGUUUGUUUUACUUCCCCCCAAAUGGCUUUUUUUUCUAAGAGUACCAGAGAAUGGGGAAUUGUUCCUGUAAAUAUAUAUUUUUAAAGGUGA